CGAACUCAGGAGAAACCUAUCGAGACUUCUCUCUGUCAUCCAGAACUGUUCAGUCUGUUCGGAGUGCGGGUUGGAAUGAUUCCUGGACGAUUAUUCCGUUCGUUGACUUAAUAUUGCUUCACUCAAGACUUUUCUAGCACUUUAAAGAGAAAGAAGAUCACCUGUAACCGCUGACCAAUGACACCUGUUGUCUCUUCAGCGCUCGCUUUAAGAGAAACUCUGCUGUAAACAAACUACGAGGAUAUUUCGACGUUUGAUGACGCAGAAAAGAUGAAAGUGACGGUAAAUUUCGGGGAAACGAGGAUUGUCGUCCCGUGUAAAGACGGUUGGAUGGUGCGGGAUUUGAUCGAUCAAGCCACUCAAAGAUACAAAAAGAUUGUUGAACAGGAUGGGGAAUUCCUGGUGCGGACGCUCCAUGUGGAGUAUGUGGACGGGGGGAUCCUGGACCCAGAUGAUAUGUUAACAGACCUGGUGGAGGACAAAGACAAGCUGAAGGCUGUGUAUGAGAAGAUGGAGCUCCAGCAGAGGGCGAUGGUGAGUCCCGGGGGGAGUGUAGCGUCCAGUCGCUCCAGCCCUGACCCCUCCGAACAUGAGCUCAGGGUCCUGCAGCCCUACCUGGGCAGUGAGAUCGAGGUCACCCCCUCUGCCCUCAAAUCAACCACUCCUCUAUCGGUGCGAAGCAGCAGUGACCCCGCCCUCGCCCCACCCCUGGAUGUCAUUUCACUGGACCCUGAGGACAUCAGUAGACCCCAGUCCACUGGUGUCGGUCAUGCAACCUCUGUGAAGGGAGGAGCCAUGGACAAACCCAAAGUGGACGUCCCAAACUCUAGGACUGCACAAGUCAACUUAAGCAGCCUCACACGGAUGGUGGAGAUUUCUGGAGACCUCGGGCCUCUGGGCAUCAAAGUCAUAUCAUACUGUUCCUCUCUGAGUGGAAGGACUCUGGGUCUAAAUAUCCGAGCCAUCGAGAAGAACAGCCGCUCUGAACGAGAGGGGAUCUUUGAAGAGGACGAGUGCAUCGUGCAGAUCAAUGACACCGAGUUAAUAGACAAGUCCUUCGCUCAGUCUCAAGAAGUGUUUUGCCAAGCCAUGUCCUCGCCCACCAUACGUUUGGAGGUGCUUCCUGUCGCCAACAGGCUCCUCUAUGAAAAGAGCCUCAUUGGGCAGCUUUUCAACAACACCGAACCAAUCCCUGUGGUCCCUAAAGUCAAGAGUCCUUUCUUGGUUCAUAAGCUCACUCCGAGCAAUACAUCGACGCCGUCUCCAGAGCCUCCUGCAUCACAGACCCCACCCCAAAAAGAGGAGGAGCUUCAGCCUUCAAGACACACCCCCGUUCAUAUGGGUCAUCACAGAGCCACGCCUUCUCCUCCAGUCAGUGCAUCACCUACCCUGAAAGAUGGCAGCGAGAGCCCCGCCCCCAAAAAGACCCCUGCCCUCGUCACGCUGGUUAAUAUGAUCAACAAAAAGUCUGGGAAGAAAAUGAAGAUCGAUUUGAAGAAAGGUACGGAGGGCCUCGGAUUCACCGUGGUAACCAGAGACUCGUCCCUUCAUGGUCCAGGACCCAUUAUGGUCAAGAGCAUCCUGCCCCGCGGAGCUGCUGUUAAAGACGGGCGGCUCAAGUCCGGAGACCGUAUCCUGGAGGUAAAUGGAGUGGACAUCACAGGACGCACACAAGAGGAGCUGGUGGCUAUGCUGCGGAGCACUAAACUGGGAGAAACCGUGUCUUUGGUAGUUGGAAGACAAGAGGAGUUAUUGCCCAGAGAACUGAAAGGAGAGCCAUCAGGUCUGCAGCUUUCGGAGGACGGGCAAGAGCAGCUGAUGUUUGAAGUUCCUUUGAGUGAGUCCGGCUCAGCUGGUCUAGGGGUCAGUCUGAAGGGUAAUAAGUCCCGAGAGACCGGAGAAGACCUGGGCAUCUUCAUCAAGUCCAUCAUCCACGGCGGUGCCGCACACAAGGACGGUCGCUUGCAUAUCAAUGACCAGCUGAUAGCAGUCAAUAGUGAAUCGCUGAUCGGACGCUCCAACCAUGAUGCCAUGGAAACCCUGCGGCACUCCAUGUCGACUGAAGGGAACCUCAGAGGAACCAUCCAGCUGGUGGUUCUGCGUGCUGUGGAGCGCUCGCCUGCUCAGGAAAAUCAAGAAAGCAAUCAAACUGUCACCAGAAACGACUCUCCUGUUCAUCUUCAUCCAAACAGCAACCACACCAACGGUUCGGCACCACCAUCCACAGCAAACAACCGCAUGUACGAGGCUGCUCCUGCUUCUUACAGACCCCCUGGCGGACCACAGGAACUGCCGGAGGAAGAUUACGAUGAAGACGAUUUCCCCCCUCCACCUUCUGAUCUGGACCUGCUGGAAAAACACCAACAAAAUCGGGCUGAAAUGGAGCCUGUUUCCUACAAACCCACCAACCAACAAUACCCUCAACGACAGAAAGUCCCAGAUUACCCCACCAACAAGUCCUCCAAGAGCAUGGAUUUAGUGGCAGAUGAGAGUAACAUGACCUCCAUUCAAGAACAGAGACCUGAACCACUCUACUCUAACGGGACGGCGCUGGGACCCAGGUUAGGUCUGCAGAAGUCCAGUUCUCUGGAGAGUCUCCAGACAGCGAUGGAGGAGGUCGGUAAGGACGAGGUGCCCUUCCAUCGUCCACGCACGCACAUGGUGAGAGGCCGAGGAUGCAACCUCAGCUUCCGACACGCCAUCGACAAGUCCUACGACGGACCUUCUGAACCUGAGGACGAUGACUCUGAGGAAGACUCCGGAAGAGACACGCCCGCCAGCAGCUCUUCUCGACAGGAUCUGGAUGAUGAGAAGAAGGUAAAGAAAAAGAAAACCAAAAAGAAGAAAGAGAAAAAGAGCAAAAAGAAGGACGAGCCCGAAGACCCUGAGAAAAAGACAAAGAAAAAAGGAUUUGCAUUGUUGAGCAUGGAGACCCCGCCUGACCUCAGAUCAGUGCAGAAGAAUAUGUUUGGGAGAAAAAACAAAUCCAAGGCUAAAGAACUGGGUGCUUUGAGUGAAGAAGAGGUUGACAAGAGUGAACCUGAGAUGUUUCUGUCCAAAAGUGAAAGGAGCAGCCCUGCUCCUGACCGCGCCAUCUUCCCGGACGUCGAAGACGAUGACCUGGACCCCAACUAUGCUCGGAUCAACAAUUUCAGAGAACCUCCCACCUCCACUCACUCCCCCUAUCCACCUGGAACUCCCACCCAUAACUACUCUCAGCCUACUGUCCCCGCCCCCAGCAGAGAGCUGCCCAAUGAGGACGUGCUAGAGGGGCUUUAUGCAAAAGUUAACAAGCAAAGAACCACCGCUCCAAAGCCUGACAGUAAUGAAGAGCGAUUGCAGCAAAUCAGGAAUCAGCUUCAGCAGGUGAGACCGGCUCCAUCCUACGAUGACCUGAGCGCCCGAAGACGACCGGAGUACGACCCUUCACGAAUCAGAGGGCCUGAUCCACGAAUGGUUCCCAGAUACAAUGACUCCGAUCGACUGUACGCCACCGUGCCCAGGAGGAUGCCAGUGGAGGACUACUCGAACCAGAACUGGGCCAACCAGAGAGACCCCGUCCAUUACCCCAACCCCAUCUACGAGACCCAUCAAGACAGCUAUCCUCCACGCUCUCCCCGGUUGCCUGUACCCAGACCCGCGGAGGCCACAGGAGGUUACUAUCCCUCAUCUCCAGCUCAACAGAGGGGUCCCGUGAGGCAGGACGUCCCUCCCUCAUCAAACCCGGGUGCCAGAGCACCACCGCGAUACGAAACGCUGAACCAGGGGAACUAUCGGACGGCCAGCCCUGAUCGCUACGCCCCAUACGGAGAUGAACAAUACCAAGAUCCCCGGCAGAAAAAGCCAAUGAUUGGAGCCGUCUAGACGAGGAGGAAGUAGGUUGGUGCUGGUUAUGUAAUUGUGUCCAUUUACAAGAACAAUCUAAUUAGUUUUCCUAGACUUAUGAGAAGAAAAAGCAAACAAAUUUGCUUUGACACAGCCAUCGAUUUCUCCAAAUUGAACAAUCUAAGUGAAGUUUUUUGAAAGUGAUUUGUUUUGGAUGUCAGCCAUUUUUCCUCUUAAUUAGCAUCAGUUCUGAACAUCAAGUUGAUUUUAGACAAGAGUCAGUUAAGUUUAUAAAUUACAGCA